AUGGCGACCAUCGGGGUUGGUGUCCUCGUGGAGAGCACCAUCCCCAGUCUUGCUGCAACCAAAUGGAGAAACUCUGUUGCAUCCUCCCUUCAUGACCGUCGAGUUCGUGUCAGCAUAGUGAACAGGCUGGGAAAUGGGAGGACCAUGAACAUCCACUGCCAAUCGCGAGAUGAUGAUCUCGGUUAUCUGAGAAUCCCUGAUGGCUAUGAAACCGAGUGGAGCUUCAAUGUGAAUAUCUGGGGCACAACCUUGUUUUACUGUGAUGUGCAGUGGGGUGAUUCAGAAUGGCUACAUUUUGAUGCCUAUUCAUACAAAAGUGACUCUGGAAGGUGUGAUACUGUCUGUAGGUGGAUGGUUGCAGAGGAUGGUCUUUUAUAUGUUUACAACCAAGAGAAUGAAAAAUGGGAACACAUGCCAUUUCAAGACAUGUUAUAA